ACUUUUUUGAAGAAAGGUAUAUAAACACGUAUCAUCAGUACAAAAUUCAAACGUUAAAACGUUAACAAUGUUUUAUGUACUUGCGUCUUGCGUAGCAGUGAUAAUGUUUGGAACUUCAGUGGCUGUUGAGCCUUCCUGUCCCGUAUGCUCUAAGUAUGAGUAUGAGGAACGACUGUUGGAACGAGUACUUAGCAAUGAAUUGGCAUUGCGAAACAUAUUGAACAAAAUAACAGAAACACAAGCACAAGUUGAGGACACUUUGAAAGCGAUGAAGGCGGAAAGUGUGAAAAUCAAUGACGCCAUGCAUGCUAUGGAUGUUAAGAAGAGAGAAAUUGACGAAGAAAUGAAAGCCAGUCUUCAAUCUCUUCGUAAGGAAGUGCACGAAAAGAAACAGGAUCUAACUGAUAAAGUGGACGGCUUCUUAGUGACUGGCGUCAGAAAUCUUACUGGAAAUGUGCAAGAAAUGUCAACAAUUGUGCAAUCACUUGUUGCACAAACAUCGAAGGAACUUGAUAUCCUGAAAGGGCCACUGGUAAUGUUUCACGCACGGCACCUUGAUGGUCAACAUACAUACAAUGCCAACCAGGACGUUGUGUUCAAGACCGUUCUCGUCAACGAAGGUGGAGGCUAUGAUUCUAACUCUGGACGAUUCACGGCGUCCGUGGCUGGAGUGUACAUGUUCACGGUGCAGUACUGUUCUUAUUCGAGCAAUUGGGCUAUCCCUGAAAUCGUCCAUGAGGGAAGAUCAUUACAGAGAUCAGGACACAAUGAUGCAAACUAUCAUGUAUGCACCAGCAUGCAGGCCUUCGCUAAGGUUGUCAAAGGAGACAAGGUCUGGGUGCGUAGUACGUAUUCAUCAAGCAAAAUAUACACUGACGAAAGUUUAAGAUGGAGCAGCUUUGCUGGGUUACUGAUCCGUGUGUAAUAUUUGGAUGAAAUAUUUUAACUAAUAAACAUGGAAAUAAUAUGACUAAACAUGCAAACUAUAGGCCUCAUAUAAUAGAAACAUUCAAUUAGUUAUCACAACAGUUAAAAAUAUGUAUUAAGUGGUUUUCAUAUAUUUGGUUGUUUUAAAAAUAAUUCCAGACUUUUUGAUAUAAGGUUUUCUGUUCAUUUUAUCAUAUUUAUUUUAUUUGGGUAAACAAACUACAUGUUCAGACAUAUAUGAAGAGUAAGUAUUUUAUCUCCAUUUUUUCUCCAUAACAUCUUUAUUAUUUAUCAAGUAAAAAACAAUUGAUCAAACUUGACAGGUUGCAAGUGUAACUUAUUUAUUUGUUUCGAUUGUUGAACAUGUGUUGCCGUAAAUUUUACUAUCGCUUUCUGAAGGCUGGUUGCUCGCCCUGUUGCUUUCUCUGUUUCACGAGUUUUAUUUAGACUGUUAAGGGCCCGUAAAAGGUGACAAAUCCAACUAUUACGCAAAAAAAUGGUACAAUUUUUUCCCGAUUUCAGUUGCUAUUGCAUAAAAAUAAUAACAUAGCUUAGGUGCAACGUUUUCAAGAAUAAUGGAAGAUUUAUCCGUUUCAUAAUUUGCAGAAAUGUUUACAACUUUGCAAUUUCCGUAACAUUUUCGCUAUCUCCAAUGUUCCUCGGCUUAUUUCGUAAAGUACGCAUAUAUGAUUACGUAGUGCAAGCGACACAAUAUCCUCGUAAACAAAGAAAGCGAACAUGAGUUCGGUAAGUUAUUUUUGUGUUGUACAAUAUUUUGUUUUAAAUGGAAUUGCAUCAUGCAUACUAGUUUUAAUAUAUGUUUCUGUUUUGA